UUUUUUUUUUCUUUUCAAAAAAAAAAAAAAAUGGAACAGGGAAUGCCUUAUGGGAACUCUACUACCAAUUUCACCGGGAUGGAAAUAGCACCUGGUAUAGUUGGUCCUGAUGAAUUAGAAAUCAUGUCUGAAAUGGUAUCAUUAGUGUGCAUCACUGCUUUGGCCACCGGUAUGGGUAAUAAAACAUAUGGUGAAAGUCUCAGAAAUACAAACUAUGGUCGUAUCUUGGUUCUCUUACUUUAUACCUCCUCUUGGGCUUUUUGUAUUACUUCAGCCAUCUUGGUGUCUACCAAUAACAAUAACAUGGUAUCAUGUACAUUAGGCAUGAUGUCAUGCGAUGUCUUUUAUGCUGGUAGUAAAGUCAUCGGUUAUGCUUGGCUUAUGGAACGUGUUCAUAUUGUGACAAAUACAAAAACAAAACGACUCAAGACAUGUGUUUAUCGAUUCCAUUUAGCUUUAUUAUGUCCUUAUAUCAUCAUCUUUGUACUUAUGUUAACCUUUAGGAACAUUUACUUGACAGAUGAUGGAAAGUGUAUCAUUGGAUUACAAUUCAUUGCCAGUAUCCCAUUGAUGAUAUAUGACUUUAUGUUGAAUCUGUACUUGACAUGGCUCUUUAUGCGACCAUUGAUGAACGUAGGAAGAAAUUCUAGAAUGGAUUGGAAACGAUCAAGACUUUACCGAUUAGCUCGACGAACACUUGUUGCCUCAGUUGUAUGUUUAUUGGUUUCAUUUAUCAAUGUAUUUGUAGUGGUAUUGACUCAUGGCAAUGAACGUGGAUUAGUAUGUUUGACCAUGUGUACUGUGGAUGUCACGGUCAAUGUGAUGACGGUACAUUGGGUUACUAGUAAUCAUCAUGGCAAAAAUAAAGAUGGUGCAGCUACAACUCGAAUAAAGAAUGCUCAUACAACGGAUGCUAAUACUGUUGAGAUGACCUUUGAUGAUCAAGAAACAUUCAGUGAAAAACCAGCUCGUCUUGAUAAAAAGACUGUCCAAAUCAAGACAUUACAUGAGGAUGAUGAUGAUGUUAGUGAUCAGUCCUCUUCUCAACCACAAAACAGCGUCCCUUUGCAUAGAUAUUAAGUUUUAUCCUUUUUCUCUUUUAUUUUUUAUUUUAUUUUUUCUUUAUUUUUAUUAUUUUUUUUUUUU